UCUUCCACCCCUGCAAACAAAGUCGAGCGCCCAGUGGGCCGAUCAGACGCCAGGAAAGCCCCGAGUGUUUGGUUGUCAGCGAUUUGAGGAAGCUGCUGGUACAGGCGGCAGCGCAAAGAAACUACCACCUCGUGCUUCAAGACACCACCGCCUUUGUCAUUUUGGCCACGAUUGUGCCGCAGCACAACAUCCGACUCGCCCGACUGAACGUUCACUUGCUAGCUCUGUCUUCUCCGAUUCUAUCCGAGAUUGAACAUUUUGAAACCUCGAAGGCAUCUGGUGCCCUGAUUGUUGAAACCUGCAAUAAACGCUUUGUGGGUCGCGCGAUUCUCGAAAAAAACACCUGAAGCAAUCUCUCGACGCCCAGGAGGUUCCCGGCGAUUCCACUUUUGAUCUCCAGCUCCAUUAUCUACACCACGCUAGUGGAGUAACCCUAGCCGGAAUUACUCCCGGAUCGUCUGUUGACCGACAAUCUGCUUUCACUAUAGUCACGGCAAGGCCCAGGAUAAAGUUGUUGACAUUCCCCCAAUACGCGACAUGGCGAUCGCAAAUACCUACCCUCCACCCAUUCCUCCUCCCCAAACCGAGCAGCAGGCCUCGCCGCAGACACGCCAAGGCCACUCAGGUCAAGGUCACGGGCGCCGAAAGUCCAGAGCGUUCAGUUUCCGUUCGGACAAGUCUCACAGCUCGGGCAGCAAUCACAAAAUCAACCUGCAUGAGACGUCGGCAGAAAAAGAAGCAAAUAGACUGCACAGCAAAGCGGACCCGACGCUUGCCAUGCAUGAAGCAGAACCUGCCGAGGUGGCGGCGAGUAUUGGGACAACCUUCGCCCCAUUAAGAAGUAUCCAGCACAAGGACAUCUGGGGAAACCCUAUUGUCGACCCCGACCGUUCAAAUCCGACCCGCAGUCGAUGGGAACGUCCCUUGGAGACGAUUCGGAGCUUUGAAGCAGCGAUUGAUGGCGCGUACAACAAUCGGAGAUCCAUGAUUCGCCCAGAUGGAAGCAGCGGUCGAUUUGGACAUGACAGCUAUUAUGGGAGCCGCCCGAGUUCGAUGAUGUACGCCAAUCGCGCGGACGGAAGUCUUCCCGAUCUUCGUGCCGGCAGUGUGGGGCAACGCGACAGUUACUACGAGCAACAAACCGGGUACAGCGGGUACGGGCCGUCGACGCAGAAUGGGCGACGUGGAUGGGCAAGGAUGGCUUCCGAACCGCACUAUGGUUCUUCAUCCAGACAACCACCACCAGGGGGACAAGGCGAUUACCCAAUCCCGAGCAACCACCGCUCGAACGAGACGGUGACGACUGCUUCUGGGAGCGGUUCGUCGGCGGAACCAGCAGGUUAUCAGACCGACCCGACCAGCAGCGACAACAGCUCGAUUGAACGCGUACAGUCUUCUGUUCCCAGGCGGCAGCCGGAGAACGACUACGGUAUUGGGUUCAGUCAGAGCGCAGUGUACCAGCCGCCGAGCUUCGCGCUUGGCGGUCAGACUGAGGGGGCGAACGGCGCGAGAGGAAACGUGGGUUACAGCAACGACAGCAACUACCAAGUGAGCGGAGUCGCCAACCACAGCAACACUCCCCCCCGGGUUCCCCAGAAAGAUUCGGGAGCAGGUAUCUUAAAAAAGCCGAUUGUGAAUAACUCUUCGCAGCAGGCACGACCAGCGCAGCCCGAGAAACGGAAGAGUUGGUUUGCUCGGCGAUUCAGCAAGCACGGGUAGUACUGAUGCUUGUUUUCUGGUGCUGGACCAAUUACACAUACGCAGUUGCUUUGUCUUUUUGUUGCUUUCGAUACCCAUUGUUCUCUCGACGACCGAGCAAAGGUCGAGGAAAUGUCAGCUGGACUGCUUGAAACGGUGAACGCAGCAGGGUCG